AUAAGUAAUACGUGUAUUUUUUAAUAUGCUUCAAAAUUCAUUUCUGUGAUAGGAGAAUAAUAUUUCGCAAAGACGUAUACUAGAUAGUGAUGCAGAUCACGAGUAUUAAUUUUUGGCAUUUUCGAAUGUAGCAGGUUUAAUCGCUCUGAUUGUGAGAGUGAUUAAUGACGUCAUUGCAUUAUCUCUACCAAAAAAAGACUUGAAUUCAUAGUAAAAUAUAGUGAUUAAUUGAUCUGGAUUGGAAACCCCUUUAUUGGAAAACGCCAUUUGUGUCUUAUAUUCUCGAAAAUUCGCGUUUAAAUUACUAGGGGGAUUAUUAAUCUUCGUUCUGACCGCCAUUUAAAACACUGAACUUAUUGUUGGAGAUUGGAGAAUCUUUGCCGCGAGAUAAUUCAUUUUUCUCGAAGAUUGGAGUAGGUUCGUAUCAUAUAUGUAAUAAUACAUAUAGUAUGUGUAUUAGUAUUACACAUAUAGUAUGUGUAUGUAAUAUUACAUAUAUAGUUCGUAUGUUGCUACUCGCGGAGGGGAACAAACAUGUUCAAAGAUGUUACCACGCAUUAUCUUUGUUUAAAUCCAAUUUUUGUGUGGUGAUUAAAUAUUUGAUUACGAACUUAUAGAACUCAACCAUCAGUUUAUGAUACAGUAAGAAUUAAGAUUGAACCUUACUCAAUCGGUGCCAAUUCAAAGCGUAGAAUAGAAUACACUCUCAUUUUCAUAUUCAUAAUGGCGAUCCCGAGUUGACAUUUCGAUCCACGCAAUAAGUACUUGUAAAAGUGGCCGAAGUAUGGAUAUUGCGGAGAAUGGCGUAGGCGGGUUGGAUCCGCGUAUACAGAUCGAGUUGGAAAAUUUGAACAAUGCGACGGAUGAUAUAAAUAAAUUGGAGAUUGAAUUGGAUGAAGCUCACACUGCUUUUAGACAGCUUCUUUCUGAUACGACAAGGAGGCUGAAAGAAAUUACGGAUAAACUUGGUACUAGCUGUAUUGAAAAAGCAAGAUGUUACUACGAAGCAUUGGAGAUGGCUCAUCAAGCUCAAAUUCAAUGUCAACAACAAGCACAACUAUUUCAAAGAGCCAGCGAAAUUCACGCAGCUGCGAAAGAAACGGUUGCUCUGGCCGAAGCACGAUUCAUGUCUCAUCAGCAUGAAUGGAAUUUCGAUCAGGCAUGGCAGGAUAUGCUCAAUCAUGCUACUAUGAAGGUCAUGGACGCAGAAAAUCAAAAAGCUGAGUGCGGCCGAGAACAUCAUAGAAGAGCGAUGCUGUUUCACGACGCUGAGAAGAAAUUACUGCAAUUGGAAGAAAAGCAUCGACGAGCGAUAAUAAAAGCACGACCCUAUUUUGAAGUGAAAACUCAAUGCGAUCAGAUGCUAACCACCCAAAAAGAAAGAGUGGAAUAUCUGCAACAAACCGUUAAAGAAGUUAAACGUAAUUAUGCCACGAGUCUUCGAACGUUGGAGAACAUUAGUAAUCAAAUACAUCAACAACGAAGGGAUUAUGGUACUUUGAAACAUGUACUUUUGGAAAUACAUAAACAGGGUCUUUUUUUAAAGCAUAUUUAUAUUCCAGACAUCGUAGCUAAUGGACCGCGAGAACCUGGUGUUGGUGCCGAACUAACAGGUUCAGGUACAUGUCAAAAAUAUGAAAACGAGUUCAACAGUUUCAACAGUCGCAAAAUAUCCCCAAUUAGAUAUAACCAAAUUGAAAACAAUGAUAAACCAGAUAAAAUCAAAGAAUUCUGCUUGACAAAGGAAAACGCGGAACAUAUUGAUAAAAGAUCCGUGGACGGCAGCGAGAGCAACUUCACGCAAUGGGAGUUAGAAUUGCAAGCUAGUGUGGAGAAAUUAAAUCGUUUAUCAGUCGGAAACUCUUUGCUUGUCCGGAAACGAGAUGCGCAAAGUUUUUCGGAUCUACCGAACGCCGUUGAUGUCGGCAUUGCGAACAAUUUUUUAUCCGCCGAAAUAUGGCAGAAUUUAAAUCAAUUUCCAAGAUCGACCAAAGAUUCGGAAACUCUCGAGAAAAAUGAAUUUAUCAAUGGCAAAUCUUUGCAUUUGCAAAGAUCGUAUUCUAUGAUUAAUUCGACGAUAACGUUACAAGAUACAUCGACGGUCGCGUCAAUGAGCAAUACUUCAAAAUCGCUAAACAGCAGUCCAGUGAAUAGAAGUACAUCGAAUUUCGAGAAUAAGAGUAUUACUGAGAAAGUGGAAAGCGCAAAUAUAUUGAAAUAUGUGCCAAAUAGAAUCUGUCAAUUCCACUUUAAGACCAAAAAAGCACAGAGUAGUUGGAAUAUCAAUGAUUAUUCUAAUAACUUUGAUGUCGAUGUUACAAAUGGAAAACAAAAAAGAAAUAAAUAUAAUAAUAUGAAUGAUAAUUUAGUCAGUACAAAUAAUGUACAAACUACGAAUUUAUCUACCAUGACAGAUUCUUUCAAUAUCAAGUUCCUGCCUGCAAAGUCUAAUUUAUCAGAACACCGUCCUUCUGAUUCAGAGAAUAUAACGUUUCCCAGCAUUAGCCAGCACUUUAUGAGCUCACAAAACGAUAUCACACGGUUGCAAAUACAAUUUAAUUCUAAUAAUAUUUUAGAAAAAAAUACAUCGUGCAGUGCCAACUCCAGUCCGAUAAAACUGAAGAAUCUAUUAAUAUCGUCUGCCAAAUUCUCGGAUAGCGAGAAUGUGGGACGGCUCGACGAAAGACCUAUUCCCAAACAGUUUGCUGGUAAAACCAAAAGUGUUAAAGAGUUACCGUUAUUAUCGUUUUUCGGGUCAACAUCCACGUUGUCGACGUUCAAAGGCAGAAGUUGCAGCAUGAUAGAUUUAGAUAAUAAACAAAAUCUAAAAACGCUCCUUGAUAAUUCUCGUCUAGGCAAUAUACAAGCGAUCAGCGCGGAAAGAUUGGCGAAUGUGAGAGACAAGUUGGUAAACAAUUAUCCAGAGACGAAGAAGACGGACGAUAUUAAGAAAUAAAUAUAAUAUGAUAAGAUAUAUUACUUGUGAUAAGCAAUUCCUGCGUUUAACAUGUAAGUCGAGAAUUGUUAAUUAUUCAUUUAGAAUUCAUGCGUUUUAUGUAUAUACAAUAAAAUAUUGCGGGGACGCCGCUAUUUAGAUGCAUUUCUUACGUUUUCGAGACGUUACGAAAAUCAUUUUCCAGUUUUGCUGCCAAUUGUAACAAUAGCCAAUUUUUAAGUGUAUGCUGCUAUGUUAAUUUAUGAUAUAUGUGUUACGAAUAAAUCGUCUCAUGAAUUUUAGCUAUUAAUAUUUUACUUAUAUUAAAAAUAAACUUAAAUACGAUUGAAGAAAUAAUUAUUGAAGAGAAAUCAGACAAUACAAAUUAAUAAAAUAUACAAAUUUAUGUGAUCAUUUGCAAUUAAGGAUAUAUUGUUAAAAAACAACCAAAUAUAUCAAUGUAUAGAUAUCAUAUCAUUUACUAUUUUCCAAUUUUUUAAUAUGUGCUUUUUUUAAUAAAACACAUUUUUUAACAA